AACCAAAAAAAAAAGAUGAGAAUCAUAAAAAGGCCACAAUUACUAAAUCAGAAAAGUGCCCUUAUAUGUAUCUACAAAGUCCUUUUGGUCCACUUGCAAAGUAGCUCUGUACUUAAUAACCCCAAAAAAGGAGCAAAAAAGAGAGUGACGGAGAUAUGGUAAACGGCGGCGGCGAUAAUAACAGAGCGGAGGCGGAUCAGUGGCUAGAUACAUCGGAGAAGCUCUUGGCUUCAAGUGACUUUCAUGGAGCAAAGACGUUUGCGAUCCGCGCAUGCAAAGCCGACCCGUCUCGAACAUACGUAGCGGACUGUAUCCUCGCAAUCUCCGACACUCUCCUAGCCGGAGAAUCUAUCGUCGGAGAUUCCAAAUUACCGGACUGGUACGCGGUACUCCGACUCGGCCGCCUAACUCGAAACGCCGAACACGUCGCAACUCAGUACCGUAGACUCGCUCUUCUCCUCAAUCCCAAUGUCAACCGUCUCCCUUUCGCCGAUCAAGCGCUUAAGCUGGUCUCUGAUGCUUGGUCCGUCCUCUCUGAUCCACCACGGAAGUCAAUGUACGAUCGAGAGUUGCAGAUGAGUCAAAUUGGUCAACCUUAUAGUCAAACGCAGCACGUUCAAGAUUCGUCAUUACAGAGCCAAGCCGAGACCUUGGAGAAUCCUGUGGCUACGAGCUUUUGGACCGCUUGUCCGUUCUGCUUCUCGCUUUUUGAGUACCCUAAGGUUUACGAGGAAUGCACAUUGAGGUGUCAGCAAUGUAGGAGAGCGUUUGCUGCGGUUAAAACGCAAACGCCACCGGUGGAGAGUAAUGACGAAGGCGUUUACUUUUGUUCAUGUGCUGUGUUCCCAUUACGGAUUCCAGAUCAUGCUAAAACCUUGACUUGGUCACCAAUUGCACCUCUCUUCGUCUGCCCUGCGCAAGGAUCAUCUACUAAUCACCAACCAAGCAUGAAGGAUCCUCCAAGAAACGAUGAUGAUGAUGUAUAUGUCACAAUUUCUGAUGAUGAUGAUGACAUUGUAGAAAUUUCUGAUGAUGAUGAUGAUGAUGAUGAUGAUGAUGAUGCAAGGAAAAACAAGAAGGGAAAUGUUGCGCAUGUUGAACUCAAGCCUGCUUAGUCCAAGUAAAGCUUGUUCUGUUUCUCUCUCUGUCUUUAGUUUGUUUUGUGAUUCCCUUAGGCCCUAUUAGGUUUAUGUAUCGCUUGUUGUUGUCUAUACCAUAGUUAGAAAAUGCUAUAAUAUUGAUUCGUUUGUCGAAUCAAUGUUAGAUUUUGAUGUAUUUUGGUGCUAAAUGCGCUUUAGGUAUGUAAUCCUCUGUACCAUACUGUAACAAAAAACGGGUAUCAGUACGUGCUUACUAUAA